GCCUUUGCCAAUGGGUGUGCAGCUUGUUGAGGGGGCGGAGCCUGCGGCGGCUCACGGCUGGAGCAGGGAUGUCAGCACCAGACUCUGGAACAGCUCCACCUGGUCAGACAGCCCCUUUCCCCAAUGCUCCUCCUCUGAUGCCUCCACCUUUUAUGCCACCCCCUGGCCUUCCACCUCCAUUUCCACCAAUUGGACUUCCACCAAUAGGACAGAGACCACCAGCAAUGCCCCCAAUUCCACAUGCAAUGUUGCCACCUAUGAUCCCACCCAUGGCAGUACCGCCUCCCCUCUCUCAGCUCCCAAGUCUUGUGCCACCAAUGAUGCCGACUUUGAUGCUGCCAGCCAUAACGACCAGCACUACUACACAGGCGAUUGCUCCUGGAACAGAAGCUGUGAGCUCACCUGUGACUCAACCAGCUCCAACCACACAGAAAGCUGCGGAAGACAGCUCAUCCUCUCAAGACAUUCCAGUAAAGAAGUCUCUAUGGACUGAGCACAAAGCUCCAGAUGGGCGUACCUACUACUACAACACUGAAACCAAGCAGUCCACCUGGGAGAAGCCAGAUGAUCUAAAAUCCAAACCAGAGCUUCUUCUCUCACAAUGUUGCUGGAAGGAAUAUAAAUCUGACACAGGAAAGCCAUAUUACUACAACUCUCAGACGAAGGAGUCGCGCUGGACCAAGCCCAAAGACCUGGAGGAAUUGGAGGUGUUGAUAAAGCAAGAGGAAGACAGUAGAAUUGAUCAUGAAAGUAAGUCUGCAGCCUCCAGUCCUCGCUCUACUGCAGCUUUGUCUGACACUGAAAUGGCACCUACUGAAGAGGUAUUUAUGCUGCCGCCCAGUUUACCAGAGACAGCUAACACCAUUGAAACAGAAACGUCACAAGAGGAUGCCACAGUUAACCAGAAGGAGCUGAUUAAUAGCGAUAGCCUGCUAAUAGAAGAUAGCAAAGUGGAACCGGAGAAACAAUUUUAUCACUGGAGCACAAAAGAAGAAGCUAAGCAAUUAUUUAAAGAACUUCUGAAGGAUAAGGGUGUUCCUUCUAAUGCAUCUUGGGAGCAAGCAAUGAAAAUGAUUAUAAAUGAUCCACGAUAUAGUGCACUGCCAAAACUGAGUGAAAAGAAGCAGACAUUCAAUGCUUACAAGUCUCAGCGUGAAAAAGAAGAGAAGGAGGAAACUAGACUCAGGGCUAAGGAGGCUAAAGAGAAGCUGCAGAGUUUCUUAGAGCAGCACGAAAAGAUGACGUCAACCACACGAUACAGGAAAGCUGAGCAAAUGUUUGGAGAACAAGAAGUGUGGUCAGUUGUUCCAGAAAGAGAUCGCAAAGAAAUUUACGAUGAUGUACUCUUCUUUUUGGCAAAAAAAGAAAAGGAACAAGCAAAGCAGCUGAGGAAACGCAAUGUUCAAGCACUGAAAAAUAUCUUGGAUAAUAUGAGCAAUGUUAGUUUCCAAACAACAUGGUCAGAAGCUCAGCAGUACCUAAUGGAUAAUCCAAUGUUUGCUGAGGAUGAAGAACUGCAGAAUAUGGAUAAAGAAGAUGCACUUAUUUGCUUUGAGGAGCAUAUCCGAGCUCUGGAAAAAGACGAAACUGAAGAAAAGGAAAAAAGUCGGCUUCGUGAAAGGCGCCAGCAGCGUAAAAAUCGUGAAUCUUUUCAGGUGUUUCUUGAUGAGCUGCAUGAAACAGGACAGCUACACUCUAUGUCUACUUGGAUGGAGCUGUACCCGUCAGUAAGCACUGACACUCGCUUUUCUAACAUGCUAGGACAGACAGGCUCUACCCCACUUGAUCUGUUUAAGUUUUAUGUGGAGGAUCUGAAGGCUCGAUUCCAUGAUGAGAAAAAGAUCAUAAAAGAUAUUCUAAAGGAUCGGAACUUCAGUGUUGAGGUGAAUACUACAUUUGAAGACUUCGCACACAUUAUCAGUUUUGACAAGCGAGCGGCGACACUUGAUGCAGGAAACAUCAAGUUAACAUUUAAUAGUCUGCUGGAGAAAGCAGAGGCUCGGGAACGUGAGCGCGGAAAGGAGGAAGCUCGAAAGUUUAGAAGAAAGGAAGCUGCAUUUAAAAGCAUGUUGAAGCAAGCGGCUCCACCUCUGGAAAUAGACAGCAACUGGGAGGAUGUGCGAGAGCGUUUUGUUGGCGACAGUGCUUUUGACCAGAUUACAGUGGAAUCGGAAAGGAUCCGUCUGUUCAAAGAAUUUAUGCUGUCUAUUGAGUGUCCUUUUUUGCAGAAUGAAUGUCAGCAUCAUCAUUUUAAGAGCAAGAAACACUCCAAAAAAUCCAAAAAGCACCACCGCAAGCAUUCUCAGUCACCCAUCCCAGCAGAGUGGGGGAGGAAGAAGGUUCCAGACAUCUCUACAUGGGAUCCCACUGGAGCAGUGGAGAAAACAUCAGAGACAGAAGAGGAAAAUCACCAACAUCGCUCACAAAAAAGAAAAAAAAGAAACCAUUCAGAGUCAGGGUCUGACGUCUCCUCAUCAGGCGAUUCAGAACAUAGCUCCAGGAAAUCCAAGAGACAGAAAAAAAAGAGUAAGAAAAAGAGACACAAAUCGAACAGUCCUGAGAGUGAAACAGAGAAGGAAAAAGAGAGGAGUAAGAGAGAGCGAGAUCAAGAUAGUGAACAGACGAAAGAGAGAAUGAAAGACCGAGCCCAUGACCAAGAGACAGAGUCUGCAGACGGUCGCCUCAGAUUACUAAAACAGGCCUCACAGAAGGAGAAACAAGAAGUAGAGGACAGAUGGAUGGGAGAAAGGUGCAGGAUCUGACUACAAAGUUUGUUGACCGUUACCAUGGAUACACACAGGCUGGGACACAUCAGACAGCGAGCUCAGUGAAGGAGAACUGGAGAAGAGGCGACGAUGUUUACUGCAGCAGCUGGAUGAUGAUCAAUAGAUAGAUUUGGCUAUCACAAACUGGAGUGCUGCUGUGAUCAUACAUUUCAACUGUUUGAGCUGAGAGGUUUGGUUCUGUAGAAGUGUGGAGGUCUUGUAUAGAGAUAGUCCAAAAUAUAAAUGGGGUGCAUGUCCUUGACCAACAAUCAAAGCAUUUCUUUCAUUUGUAAAAGGAGAGCUGAAAUCAGUUGCCAGGCAGCAUCACUGUUAAUGAUUUGUACUAGUUUUUAGACACAAUUCCCAAUGUUCUAUGGCCAUAGCUAGAGAUGAGCGAAUUUCAUAUUGUGAAAUUCGUUCACGCUUUGUUUGGUGGUAAAAGCAGAAUUGCGUUAUGGAUUCCGUUACCAUGGACCAUAACGCAAUUCUAUAACAGAAUGCCUCCCCUGCAUAACUGAAACGGGAGGGAUACGUUAUGCAGGCCACAGACGGAAUGAAUAACGGAAUGCCUCUAACAUGAAAUUUGCUCAUCUCUAGCCAUAGCCAUGAGGCGCCUGCAGUUUUACACAGCAGUCAAUGAUUGAGGACAAGUUCGAUCACAGACUUAACUCCUCAGAUGCUGUAGUCGAUUGUGACCACUGUAUCUGAGUGCUCAUUUACCAGGAUCGCUAUUCUCUAAGUGACCGAAUGGCUCCCCCACGACAAGAUUGCAGGAGCCAUUCGGUUGCUAUAGCAGCCUUGGGCCUUCUGACGGCUCCAAGACCUGCCUUAGCAAAGUUCCUACCGGGCUUAAUAGGAACACAAUUAUUUUCCCAUAGACUGCAAUGGUAAGCAACUGCGGUCGGUUGUACAAACAAUCAGAUCACCACAUGUUAAAGUCCCUUAGGGGGACUAGAAAUACAUGUGAAAAGUAUAAAUGUAAAAGUAAUAUGAAAAUUCACAAAAAGAUAAGAAUUCAAACCCCCCUUUCCCCAUUUUACAAGUAUAAAUGUGUUUAUCCCAUAUGGUAAACAGCGUAAUGUAAAAAAAAAAAUCUAAAUGGACACUUUGGUUGCAUCACCUCCUUCAAAAAUUGAAUAAAGAGUUAUCAAAAAGUCCUACACACUCCAAAAUGGUAUUGAUGAAAUUUACACACAGCUCCGUAGUAAAUAUAAAAAAAAAGUUAUCUUGAUCAAAAUUUGGCCAUGCAAAGAAAAACCUUUUUUUUUUUCUUUAAAGUAUGAAAACGUAAGAAUCUUUAAAAAUUUGGCAUCUCUGUAAUUGUACUGACCCGCAGAAUGAAGAUAAGUCCGCUUUACUGCAUAGGGACUGCCAUAAAAACAAAACCCAUACAACAAUAGCAAAUUGUGUUUUUUUUUUUUUUUUCUUGAUUCCAACCCCAUUUAGUAUUUUUUCCAGCUUCCCACUAGAUCAUAUGCAAUAUUAAAUGGUGCCGCAAAAAAAUAAAAUAAAAAAUAAAACGCCCUCAUAUGACUGUGUGUGGAAAAAUAAAAAAAAGUUAUGGCUCUUGGAUGGCAGGGGAAAAAAACAAAAAUGGAAAAUCACUGUAUUAGGAAAAAGGUUAAUGAGGAUGGGCUGCAAUACCAGUCACAGCACUAGAGAGGCACUGUUUCUGGAUGAAAGCAGAGCUUUUUUUUUUAUCAUAGACAACCAAUUUAAUUCUGUUCUGCAAAACAUCAGCGAGUGUGAGGCUUUUACACAACUAGUCAUUAUCACUGUACAGUACUCAAUAAGGAUCGGCCUGAUAUGUUGUAUAGUGGAAAAUGUUUAUUAAAAAAGCCAAAAGAAA